GCAGCGAACGCGCUGAAUGUUGAUGGGCCCAAAUGUGGACUACCUUCAGCCAGUUUCCGGAUCAUGCUCGUCAGGAUUGUGCAAAAGGUUUGCAUAGCUAUUGUCGCCCUGUCCAAGUAAUGAGGGUCUUGACUCCCACAGGCCUUGCAACAUGUUGGAAAAAAAUGAGUACAUGCCUUUGCCGUUAUAAUCAUUCGUUAGCUACGGUAGGAAAGCGCUGAGCUAUUCCUCAGCACUGUCGGGAGUUUCGAAGCAGCAAGUGCACAGAUCUACAUUCUCCAUGCACGACUGGCCAAAGCGGAUGCUGAGUGCUCUUCGUAAGACAAGAGUCCAAUGAUGUUGAGCCGAGAAGAAGCCCACGGAUCAUCAGGCGCACUGCGCGUUGUACCUACUCCAGCUGCUGAUUUGACAUCGAUCGGCCGACACCGUAAUCAACGCCGUUUUCUGGUCAGAUUCCGACGUCGAGAAAAACCGGAGCACCGAAAGUUCUAGACCUCAUAUGUAUUUCAUGUUUUUAGACUGCUCGACUGCAGCAUCCGAUCCAGCUGGCGAGUCAACUUUCUGCGUUCGUCAAACACACUGCAGUCAAAUCGGAACUUGUCUAAGCAAGUCUGAACUAACUUUCAAAUUCCAAAGUUCUCUCUGCAGUAGUCUUCUUGGGAGGGCAGACUAUCGUUUUCUGUAAGAAGACGCCUGAUUUUCUUCAUGACGCAGCCAGGCAUUGACAUUAAAUUAGGGUCAUUAAAUGAAAAGCUAAAGUAGAUUGGUCAAAUGUGCUCAAAAGCAUAUCGAUGGAUAGGCUCCAGACAACAUAUGCUAUUUCGAAAGGGCGUAAUUCUACACAUGCUCAUUAUAAUUGAGCUCAAUCCAUAAGUUAAUAAACUCGCGUUUUUGACAUCUUGCACAGCAAUCCGCAAGGAGCUCUAGACUAUUGUAUCAAACGCGAGCCUCGUUUUAGAUACCUCCAGUAAUCAUUCCUAGAAGAUUCGAAGCUAAUAUCAAAGAUCAAUAUUUUUAUUUGCACAUGUAUCAAAUUUUGGCUAGGACUCUUCACAAUUUGCAUCUGGGCCGUAGUGUGGCCCGGACGCAAGUUGUGACGAGUGGCAUCGCUUCACCGACAAUCUCAAGAACUAUGGUAGAACGAUCUCAGUUGGGAAUCCAUAGUAGGAGUAAUUCCAAAUAAACAGGGGUCAAGAUUCUAUUUUUUCGAAAAAGAAAUUCAC